CAGUAUCCUGGUGAUAUGAUGUUAUUGUGUGUGUGUGUGUGUGUGUGUGUGUGUGUGUGUGUGUGUGUGUGUGUGUGUGUGUGUGUGUGUGUGUGUGUGUGUGUGUGUGUGUGUGUGUGUGUGUGUGUGUGUGUGUGUGUGUGUGUGUGUGUGUGUGUGUGUGUGUGUGUGUGUGUGUGUGUGUGUGUGUGUGUGUGUGUGUGUGUGUCAGGUCGCGGCAGGGCCCAGGGCAGCAAGUGUAUCUUGGUGUCUGAUAAAAAGGACAGGAUUGAUAAAGAGAAACAUAACAUGGAGAAGGAGAAGAUUGUAGAGAAGGCCAUCAGGAACCUACAGGACACACCUACUGAGAUGCUCCGCAAGAUGGAGGUGUUUCAGCGUGGGGACAAGGUGUGUCGUGACAUGGUGAAGAUGGUACCAGAGAGACCCCGGACUGAAGGCAGCUACCAGCUCCUCUGCUCCAAGUGUAAAAAACACAGCUGUUACACAGACGACAUCAGAGUACUGCAGGAUUCUCACCACAUCGUGUUGGACCCCACUCUGUUCUCUCGAGCUCGAACAGAACCUCACCCUAAACCCAAAGGUUUCAUGGGGCUGGUGAAGACCAGGAAGCUGUUCUGUCACUGUGGACUGGACUGGGGCAUAGUGGCCUCAUACCUGACCAUACAGAAUCUGCCUGUGUUAAAGAUAGAGAGCUUUGUGGUGAAGAACUGUGUUACCGAGCAACAGAGGUACUACAGAAAAUGGAGAGAUGUGACCUUUUCCAUGAAGACCUUUGAACUUACAGACAUAGCUGAUAGCUGGAAUCCAUUGCUUGAAGACCAGUAAGCAGCUGUCAAUCUGGAAAGGAGGAGCCAUGAAGAGAGAGAGAAGAGAUUGGUCAUUACCAAGCCCUGCAAUGCCAGGAGCCUCAGGACCAGAACAUCCAAUCAGAUCAAAACAAAUUACAACACAGUCAAAACAAAACGACAUUGCUUAUUGGGAAACACAAACACAAAGCAAAAUGCAGUGCUAUCUGGCCCUAAAUCAACAGAACACCGUUGCUAACUAUUUGACCAGGGUUACUGAUCAAGACCUUAGAAAAACCUUAACAAAGUACAGGCUCAGUGAGCACCGCCUUGCUAUUGAGAAGGGUAGACACAGGAAAACCUUGACAAAGUACAGGCUUAGUGAGCACAGCCUUGCCAUUGAGAAGGGUAGACACAGGAAAACCUUAACAAAGUACAGGCUUAGUGAGCACAGCCUUGCUAUUGAGACGGGUAGACACAGGAAAACCUUAACAAAACCUUAACAAAGUACAGGCUCAGUGAGCACAGCCUUGCUAUUGAGACGGGUAGACACAGGAAAACCUUAACAAAGUACAGGCUCAGUGAGCA